CUCAAAUGUUGACGGAAGCUGCAUGAGGAAUCAGGCGGCAGUUAUCACCAGAAAAUUCAGCCCUAUGAUAAAAAUAGAAGCUCAGGAGACGUGAAUGCGACACCUAGUGACCCCGUGACCAUUCGUAUUUACACAAAGCCAUAAUUUGAAACAUAUUCUGAGCCGGAGCACUUCUAUGCACAGAGGAGCUUCUGUGAAGUUACUAUGCUUGGAGAGACGAAAGUGUUUCGCCUUUGCCAGCUACCGUCAACGGCAAAUCUGGCAGUGCAGAAGCAUGUAAAUGCCCAACAUAGGCCCUCCAGCAGCGUCCUUCCCCUUCUAAAAUGGUUGGCCGCCAUUGAGUUGAGUAUUCGCAUAAACAUCGGUGGUUACAGCGUCGCACCAGGAAAGAAACAAGGAAUUUUAGGCUCUCCAGCCCAGAAGAAACAAGGAGAUUUAAGCUCUCAGCUUUCUGAACUGGAGCGUCGCGAUAAGCCUAAUGUGGGCUGCGGGUGGUUUUAAGCUCGUAGCAGUAUUUCAUCUAAUCCAGUAGGGAUUGUGAAUCUGUGAAAUUCCAGUAGAAUACUGAUGCCACUAGACCAUCAGCGCAGGUCAUCGCUUGCGAUAGUGGAAGA